AUGCGCUUCAGGGCCGUCUGCGAACGCCCGAAUCCACCUGAAUCCGGCGUAAAGAUCCGCGAAGGCUUAGUUGUUGGUUACGUGUGGGUGGGAGUACUGCGUCGGGAUUUGACGGAAGCUAUGGAUGACGACCAGCAGAUCUCGGCUCCCGUUCACCAUCCGAACUCGCUGGUCACGUCCACGUUAGAUGGUUCAGAGCCCAUUCAAAACCAACAACCAACUCAAUAUAAUGUGUUUGACUACAGCUUGUCUUGUCCUCCGGAACUGCACCGUCUACGUGAUGCUAAUGAACUGGUCUUGAGUUCAUCCAUGGGUAGCAUGAUAAAGAUCAAGGAUGUCACUUCGCAAGUCGUUUUCACCUCCAAGAGAACCUCCGACUGCAACUGCGGCGCCUGUUGUGAUCCUACAGCAAGCAGCACCAAGUUUACUGUGCGGGAUCCAGAUAAGGAGCCGGUAAUCGUUGGCGAACGUUUCCAAGACUCAGGCGGCUGUUGUUCAGUCGAGCAGCACAUUGAAGUCACGUAUCCAUCGGGGGUGUUAGUAGGCCAAGUGAAGAGACUCGCUGUGCGCAGCUACGAGCUGACCAACACCAGCGGCGACGUGUUACUGACAAUAGAGGGAGAAUCUGGUUGUUGCACCAGACCACCUUUUCAGGUUUUCUCGGGCGAAGGAAGGCAGGUGGCAUCCAUAGAAAUAGCACGAAGGACCAAGAACAAACUGGUAUUUAUGGAGAAUUUGGAUAUCCGGUCUAAGGUGUUGCUGCUGAUUGUGACUGUCAGCAUACAAAGCGACGAAGACCAGUCAAGGAAGAAGAACAAACAUUAACCCUUUGGACACGGGAGUGUGCAUUGUCCACUGUGAUUUCUGUCGCACACAGAUGGCUACAAAAGUGCUAGACCACCAAGAAGUCAAAUAGUCGAUACUGUUAUUACAUUACGGUUAUUAACAUUACUGUUAUUAUAUUGUUAUUAAAAUGCUAAUAGCUAUAGAAAAUCUGAAAAUCAAGGAAAAUAGUAAAAGGGUAAGAUUGUAGUACUAGUAAUUGCUUUCGUGCCUGACGUACAGACAGGAGCAAAAGGCCGACUACACAGCCAAGCAAAAGAUUUUAUGUGUCGCCUAUAGAUGUCGCAGUAUUCGUCUUAUCUAGAGUAAAACAGACGCGGGGGCAGGCGGGGA